GUUAUGACAUAUAACUGUCAUAAAUUUGCCGAUUGGCCGAAUGCCGAAUUUUAGAAUGAAUUCUGUAAUAUUUUGUAAUUCUGUAAUAUAUAUUCAUGAAUAAGAAUAAAAAAAAUAUAUAAUUUAGUAUAUUAAAAUCAAAGCAACAUGUUAAACAGAUUUGGUUAAUAUUAUCUAUCAUCUUACGUAUCUCUAUAAAAUGGUUGGAAAGAUUUGUACAGUGUGUAAAAACUGCUCUUAUCUUAACAGGCACUUGUCCUUCUUCACAUAUCCAGGAGAUCCUGAACGGAGGUACGAGUGGCUCAAAGCAGUUGAUCGGCUAGAUUUAUUAGAUAAGUUGGAUAAUAACAAAACCAGAGGCAAUCACCGGAUAUGUGAAGCACAUUUCGAAGACAAAUAUGUGAGACGAUCAGUAGUUUGUGAGGGCAGGAAAUUUUUAACAAAAAAUGCUUUCCCUACACUUCGAUUGGAGAGUCCUCACACUGUCCGAUAUAACAAUUUUGUUAAUCCACCAGAUUUGUUAUCUGAUAGUUAUAAUGAAUAUCAUCCAGUGUUACAGCUGAACCAUUUUGAGUCAUAUGAAAUGCCCACUGUAAGUGAAAGAAGUACUCCAAGUCCACCGCCCUGUACUGACCUGUCAGAGUUUUGUGAAAGUGUCAUUAAAGUAUCAAAAGGGACCCAAACUCCUGACAGCAACAGAAGAAAAAUUGAAUAUGAAACUGAUCUCUCUACAAAGAAAAGAAAAAUUGAAAUGAGUGGUACUAACUCAUUGUUUAUACAAAUGUGUGACAAAUUUUUACCUAAAGGCAUGUCAACAUAUAUAAAAUGGCAUCUUAGUAGCGACAAAAAUGUGAAUAGAGUCAAUUUAAUGAGUCUUUUUUCAAUUAACUUAUAUUAUUCUAGUCCUAAUUCAUAUGAAAUGUUAAGGAACAUGUUGAGUCUACCCACAGUUGAUGAUUUGAAAUAUUUUCUUGUUCCAAAAACCACUAGAUUGUCCAGUGAUCUUCUGAAAGCUAUGAAAAGCAAAGUUAAUUGUAUGUCUGAAAAUGAAAAGAUCUGUAGCAUUUCUGUUAGCAGCAUGUUUCUCAAGCCAAACUUAUAUUAUGAUAUUAAAUCAGAUAGAAUUAUAGGCUUGCAUGAUGUUGAUGGAAACCAAAGCAUUAAAUUGGCCAAAUAUGGGAUAGUUCUUAUGGCACAAGGCAUAGUGGAAGAUUGGAUACAGCCCAUAGCUUAUUCUUUCAUAUCAGACUAUGACUAUUACCCAGAAGUGUCUGUGUGGAUUGAUGAUAUGAUUGCAGCUUUAAUUGAUAUAGGUUUAGAUGUGAGAACAUUUGUGUCAGAUCCAAGAUCUGAGUUUCUAUAUGCUUCAGAGUCCCGGUCUGUCACACCAGACAAACCUUAUUUUUUAUUGAAUAACAGAAAUAUUUUUUAUAUAUAUGAUACAUUACAGUUGCUUAGAGUAAUUAGAAAUAAUUUGAAAUCUUGUGACUUUUAUCAUAACGGGGAAACUACAGGUAGUGUGGACACAAUGGACUUUUGCAAAAUGUUGAACGAUCUAUGUAGCUUUUUGAAUGCUGAAUCGCCUCAUCAAAGUGCAUAUACAAAUACACAAGUACAAGCAAACUUCAUGGAAAAUAUGGUUUCAAUAUUUCAAACAUUAAAAGUUGUAAGGAAAUUCGAUGGUGCAGAUGUAACACAGAAUAUGAAGUUUAUAGAAGGCUUCCAGAUAACAAUUAAUUCUGUAAUGCAACUGUACCACGACUUGAACAGUAUAGGUAUAAGUUUCUUGAAAACGAACCGUUUAAAUCAUAAUAAAGUACAUAUUUUUUUCAAAAAAGUAAAACAGCUCGGAGGGAAGGAUGAAUGUACUGCUAGGGAUUUCAACAAAUGUUUCGUUAGGAAAUUUGUUGGUAACAUGUUACUGCGACCGCUAGGGUCAAAAAAAUAUAGUUUAGCUACUUCCUUUGAAAUGGAAAAGUUUUCAGAUGAACUAUUUAAUACAGAUGACUGUAAGGAGUCUGAUGAAAAUGUUAACAAACCUUUAAAGAUUUUCACCACAGACUACAGGAUAGGGCUGCCAGAUAAGAAUGCAUUUGUGUAUGUCUGUGGUUAUUGUUAUUUGAAAUGUUUAGAGCACCACUGUUGUGAUAAAUUAAAAGUAUACUUGAAACACUACAGAGCAAUGUCGGACGAUGAGGAGGAAUCCAGAUUGUGCAGUGUUAGAUUGCAGAUAAAUGUUAAAAACUGCAAAAUACUCCCACCAGAUAGUUUUACUGAGUUUUUAAUGCUAUUAGAGAAUAAGUUUAAAGAAUAUUUCCAAUCACACUUACAAAUUACAAGCAUAGGGCAAGAAAUACUGAAGGAAUUAAAAAUGUACAGUUUCGACUCUCCUUGCCCUUGCUUUCCUAUAGACUAUUUGAAGAUGUUAUUUGUAAGGGUGAGAUUGUUUUAUACAAUUAGAAAGAAUAACAAAUCGUUCAGAAGAAAGAAAGGUCCUAAGUUAUUCAGGGUGUAUAGUUUAUAAUGUUCUCUGUAGCCUUACUAUAAAUGGUGAGCAAGUGAUUGUGAAUCACUUUUUAAAAUACUAAUUAUUUAUGAGAAUCUUUAUUGUAUUGUAAUGUACAGUACAGUUAUAUUGUUAUAUAGUUUUUUAUUGCUAUGAUUAAAAUAAGAUUGACCUUUAUGGAUAAGGGAUAAGUGAAAAAACAUAUUGAAUUAUUCCAUGUUCAUGAAUGAAUAAUACUCUUUGUAAUUAGGUCAAAUAGGUUUUUGUUUCUAUUAUUAAUAAAUUACUAGUCAAUUUCUUAUGUUUUAAACAUUACUAUUGAUUGCUUAUUAUUGAUAUUGUUAUUAUUAAAUGUCUCAGAGUAAGCAUUAAUGCAAAUAUUUUUUUAUAAUUUUUAGAAUUAUUUAUUAUUAAAAAAUAAGCAAUGAUAUUUGUAAAUCUAUUAUUUUGUUAUAAUUAAAUCUGUAGUCAAGAUAAUACUUUUAAUAUAUAGAAGGAUAAUGA